AUGGUGAAUCCACCGCUACCCGAGCAGCUCAAAACUAAUACUCUUGUUGGAUUUCUAGAUGGAGAAGCCCGUGACUUGAUCGACGAGAUGCCGGACAGCGACAAGAACCAGUACUGCAAGAUAGUCGAGCAAUUACGUGGCCACUUCGAGUCUCCUCACUUCCGCAGCUUGGCUCGUCAGCAACUCAGCGACUGCAAACAAGGGCAAUCGGAGUCCGCACGUGAGUUUGCAGAUAGAAUUAAACAAAUCGUUCAAAAGCAGCUAAUCCACUAUCUUUCGACGAGGCGGAUAGUCAAGGCAAUCACCUACGAAUCUCUUCUAGCGGAUGCAGCUAAUGCCAUCACCAUAUUUCCACCGGUGCAGGCACCAACCCCCGUAGUUCACGCCGUGCAAGCACAACGCGGAAAUUUUAGAGGACCGGCGCAAUAUUACCAGCGCAGACCCAAUUUCGCCAAUCGCCAGCUGUCGGCAAGUCCACAUCAAGGGAGUAAUUUCAACCGCAGAGCUGCGGAACGAGCUAGUUCGGACGCAACGUAUGAUUUGCCUCCGGCCAAUCUCGCUCCACCCAGACCUUUCUAUCGAACUGGAAACCGGCGCCCCAUCAAUUCGGCACUACGGCAACAACAAGGCCCUUGGAGUGGACGUCGUCCCCUAGAUAAUCAGAGGUGGAACAACAAUAACCAGGUGCAGCUCACUAACCCAUCUAUUUUCAGACAGCCUGCUUCCCGUAGCCAACCGAAGGUAUUCGCCCUCGAGCCAACGGACGACACCACGCCAGUGAACGAUGGAUCGGAGCCAUUGAGCGACCAACAGAAGGAUGCCCACAUCGCAGCUCUCAUCGAGAGGAACAGCGCGUUGGCGAACUUGGCGUUCGCAACCAGCGACCUUAAUCUCCAGGAUGAACCUUGUGAAUGCCCUGAAUGGCACAAGCAGGAAUCCAUCUACUUCGGUAAAUUGGGCAUAUUCAUGUGUGCUCGUGCUCGCUAUAUGCUCACAAAUUUCGGUCACACACAAAACAUGCGCAUACGGCGUCAAUUUUCGCGUACCAUGGUUCGGACGCUGUCGAAAACUCUAUUGGUCCAUUGGAGAACUGCUCAUAUCAUAAGGGCGAGUGUAAUAUGGAGCAGCCGUUAUCUGGACCCCGGACGAGCAGGAAACUUCUCUCCCUCGAUUGUGGUCAUUCUCUCAUUAUCACCGAUCAGGGCUAUGCCAUUGGGACUUUGCCCCUUCAGCGCUCGAAACGAGCCAUUGGCUCCUCCAUUCGCCAACAAGUCGGUCUCGCGACCACCAACCAAUUGGCAGCCUCAAGCUUUUGGCAGUUGA